UGACGCCAGAGACCGGAAGUUGGUCCAGAGACACAAGAGGAAGGGAAAGAGAGUCAGCAGCAGAGCCCUUAUGAAUCUACACAAUAACGAGGCUGGGAGGAAGCUGAUUGAAUCCAACAUGCGUGUCGAGUGUAAAUGCCACGGGGUCUCUGGGUCGUGUGAGCUGAAGACGUGUUGGAAAGCCAUGCCCACCUUCCGGGAGAUCGGUGAGAUCCUGAAGGACAAGUUCGACGGCGCGACGGAGGUGCGUGUGAAGCAGGUCUCCGGAAGGGCGGAGCUGGAGCCCAACAAACAGUACUUCAAGAAGCCCACGGAGCUGGACCUGGUCUACGUCUCGGCCUCGCCCGAAUACUGCGAAUAUGACAUCAACAGCGGCUCCUUGGGCACCCACGGCAGGAGGUGCAAUGAGAGUUCCCGCGGACUGGACGGUUGUGACUUACUCUGCUGUAACCGAGGGUACAGCAGCUCCCAGGAGCGAGUGAAGGAGAGGUGUUCGUGCAAGUUUCACUGGUGCUGCUACGUCAAGUGCAGAACUUGCAUCCGUGACGUCACGGUGUACACCUGCAAUUAACCAGCCAAGCCAAGCUCAGCUAAGCCAGCUGGGGAAUGAAGAGGAAGACGAAGUAAGAGUCCCACGCGGACAAACCUGGAGAGUGAUUCACGCUGUUUUCAGUACCUGGAAAAUAAAAAAAUAAUCAUAAUAAAAAAGGAAUAAUAUACUAUUUAAAACAUGAGAAAACAAAUUGUCACAUUUACCUGAAAAAAUAUAUAGUGUAAGGCCAUAAUACUAUUUUAUGGGAACAUUUUGACAUAGGUGAAUAUAUAUAUAUGUUAAUUCAUAAUUUUCUCAGAUUAUUAUUAAUAAUAAAGACACGUUGCAUUUUGUUGGUGGUGAAGAAAGAGAAUUGGAGAUGGCUUAUGGAGCCAAUCUGAUUACUUAAAUGAGAGGAAAAGUGUUUUAAAAAGUUUUAAAUGUAUAAAUGUAAGGCUCUGGAGACUCGGAGAGAGGAGAGAGCUGAUGAUCAAGAUUUGUAAAUAGUUUCAUUAGCUUUUAGCGUCGUAGACUCGUAGUAGUAAGGUUCAGAAACCUCCAAUUUUAAUGUCUUUGCAUACAAGGUGUUGUUUUGUUUGCACAUUUACAACCACGUUUACAACAACAUCGAUUCCAGGACGUCCUCGAGAUGAGAUUGUGAUUCUGAGGGCGAUUCAUAUGGCUAAUUAUAAUCCAAGCAUUUGAAUUCAUUGCAUACCCAUAGCUUAUGAGUGCUUUCAAAUGUAUUGGGGAUUUAAUGUGGCCCCACGCUCCGUUUCGACAAUAGAACUUCCUUAUAAUGCAUAAUGAUGAUACCUGGUUUUCUCAUAAAGAAAACAGAUGUUUCUUUAAGCAUAAGUCAUUCUACUGAUAGGGAUUUUAAGUCAUCCAGUUGAUGGGGGAUUUUGCAGCUUUGCAACGGACUUAGUGCUACAGACUACAAAUUUCACAAUUGCAGCACUGCUAGUGAUGAAGAUGGACAGUGAGUUUGCAACUGCAUUGUUUUGAUGUGUGUCUGAUCAUUUUAUCGUAGCAAUAAGGACUCUGCUACAGAAGAUAAAACUCAGUAAUGUGGUAAGUGAUUAAAACAAAGACUUGGUUCCAGAAGAAGAUAAGAAGAUAAAACUCAGUAAUGUGGUAAAUGACAGCACCAAGGACUCUGCUACGGAAGAGGAUAAAAGACCUCAGAAAUGUGGUGAAUGUGUAGACAGAAUACUGUCCUGUAGAGAGGAGACUGUUAGAACUAAAUAAACAAAUUUGUGUAGCGGUGGUGUAGGAUCAUUGGAAGGUCAAGAUUUUGUACGAAGGGAGUUGUCUCUUAACUUGAUGAUGACUUGAAGAUCAAUUCUUGCAAGUACUACUUAUAAUAAUACUACUGCUGUUACUAUUACUAUUACUGUAACUUGUUCAAGUGAAAUGUUCACUUCCAUGUUCAAUAUCCAGUCUACUCCUACAAAGAAUUGAUAGAAAUCAAUUUCCUUAUUUUAUAAGAUGGAAAAAAAACUAAUGGUCUAUUAUGAAAUAGUUAUACAUAUGUAUAUUCUCUUUAGAAAUCCUUCCUCCUAUUUCUGAAUGAGAGUUUGUGUAUGUAUGUAUGUACAUGUAUGAAUACAUAUGAUUACGUAUGUAUGAUUUAAGUAUCAUCAAUCGCUUCUUCCGUCUGUCCAUAUAAGGUUAUGUAUGCCUGCUCUGUAUGCCUGAUUCGUAUGCAUGCCUGCUUCGUGUGUAUGCCUGCGUACGAGGGAAGUUUAGUGGUUGGUCCAGCAAUAAUAAAUAAAUUGCCAGAUAGAUGGAUCUUUUUUUUUUUUAUCAAGUAUAACUUUUUUUUCUCGUGAAUGUUGUAUUAAUAUACGCCUUGUCAUGGGGAUUAUUAUUAUUAUUAUUAUUAUUAUUAUUAUUAUUAUUAUUAUUAUUAUUAUUAUUAUUAUUAUUAUUAUUAUUAUUAUUAUUAUUAAUUAAUAAUAAUGA